UUCUUCCGGUUGGUGAGGACACGUCACUGAUAGAAGUGAAGACCAGAAGCUGUGCAUACCUUCGUCAGCCUUUUUUUAAUAAUACAAUAGAAGAAUCAUGUCGAACUCAGUCGUGUCGGUUAUCUCCAGAUUUUUGGAGGAGUACACCACCACGACGCCCAAUAAGCUGAAAGUGGUGGACGCUUACCUGCUGUACAUCCUGCUAACCGGAGCGAUGCAGUUUCUCUACUGUCUCCUCGUUGGUACCUUCCCAUUCAACAGCUUUCUGUCAGGCUUCAUCUCCUGCGUGGGCUCUUUUAUUCUCGCAGUGUGUCUUCGUAUCCAGAUCAACCCUCAGAACAAAGGGGACUUCUUGUCCAUUUCUCCUGAGAGGGCCUUCGCUGACUUCCUGUUCGCUCACACCGUCUUGCAUCUCGUUGUGAUGAACUUCAUUGGCUGAAAUAAAUCGGAAUCAGAUACACAUCACCCCUUCACGAAGAUCACAAAACAAGUCAUCAGAUCUCCUCCGUUUUACAGCAGCUUAUCUGGACAGACGACAUCCAGCAUCAACACUCAAUGAGAUGCAAUGUCUUACAUUUGAUGCAGUACAGUUUUCUUACUGAAAUAAUUCAUUAGUUAUGUUGACCUUUGUAAAACAUUCCCUUUUGCACUGACGGAAAUAAAAAAGAAGUGUAAUGGUGGCUU